AUGACAGGCCGUUAUGAGGCACGCCCGGAGCGUCAAAAUGAAUAUUUCAUCCCUGGUGACGGAAUCAGUCGCGAAGUCAUUCAAGCAGAUAUCUGUCGCUACCUUGGAAACGAUGCUCUCGUGAGACCAGGCAACCACAAUGUUCGUCCUUCUACUUUCGUCAACACGAUAACCCAGGACCCUUUGACUGACCAACAACAGGGCCGUCCAGGUUUCUUCAUCCGUGCCUAUCGGAAUCUCACAUCUGAAAUGAUUGCUGAUCUAAAGGCCGACUCCGCCCGUUGGGAGGCGGACGUCUCACGCCGGGCUGACCUAGGCUACCCGCGAGGCAGUUACAUACAGGACAUGAACGUGUCUCAUGCCCCUAACCAACCCCCAGCGAGCUAUCCCGCUUCUACCAUGCAUGAGGUUCGCCAAUCACAAGGCCCAUCUCCCACGCCGUUCACUGCAGCCCCUGCUCAGUCCUACAUGGAGUCCUAUUCCCAGCCCCAACAGAGCUCAUACAGUGGACCCCAAAAUCCUUCCUACAACACAUCCCCUUACACUUCAACUCACUCGCCAUACGCUUCAGGUACAGCUCCGUACCCUCCACCCCAGGUUACCUACUCUGGUUCCAACCAGCCGGUCGUGACCGCUGUGGACAUGCCCCACUCCUACACGUACGCCCCCACGGGCUACGGUGGUUACGACAAUGGCCGAAGCAAUGCUCCCCGAUACCCGGGGCCUGGAUAUGAUGCCGAUCAGGAUUACUCUCCCGUAACCUCCGGGAUGGCCUAUCCUACAACCACUGCCCCGGAUCCCCGGAUAGGAAUGGAGCCCAGAUACACCCCAGAAUAUGAGCGCAGGCCGCAAGCAACCAGAAAUGACCCGCACCGUCGGCGAUAA